AUGACGAAAAUAUUAAAACGUUAUUUCCGUUUGCAGCGCUUUAUUUUCUCUGGCCUUGGCUUGGACAUUUCUGCAACACCAGAAAAAAUGGUCAAACGUCCGCUGCUGAUGAUGACUCCCCUGGUCAUGUCCAUACUCCUGUGCAUUGCCAAUGGCCAUUAUGUGCUGGAUAAUGCAAGCGAUUAUUUGGAGGCCACCGAUUCAUUGACCCUACUGUGCCAGUCGUUAAUCUCCGUGUGGAAAGUGAUUAUGGUUAUAUGGAAGCGUAAAGAAUUUGCCAAUAUGAUUGCACGUAUCGAACGUUUGAAUGUGAGGGCUGAGGGUGAAGAAUUGAAAAUCGUACGCAAAGAAAAUACUCGAGAUAUUAUUUUCUCAACCACUUACUUUGUAUUGGUAUUGCUGACGGGAGCAUGGAGCCUGCUGGUGCCGAUUUAUUUUGCUGUGCACGUUUACGUGACCACAGGUGAAGUUGAUUUACCGGUGCCGCAUAAAGCCACUUACUUUUGGAAUCAUGAACACGUUAAAGGUUAUUCUUUGGUUUACAUUUGGGACGUUUUCAUCAUCUACUUCAUAGCCUGUUCGGCUGUCAGCACCGAGAGUAUGUUCUCAUGGUUGGUGUGCAAUAUCAUUGCCCAGUUUCGUAUUCUAAUGCAUCGUUUGGAGUUGGCGUCACAGAUGAUGGCAGGCCAACCGGUUGCCAUCACCGAGCAUCAUGUGGACGAUGAUGAUGAUAAUCCCCAGAUGGGUGAACUGGAUCCAAGGGGAACAAUGGUGGAUGGCAUCAUUGCCUGUGUCAAAUUUCAUCGUCGUACUUUGCGUUUGACACAGGAGCUAAACAGUCUCUAUGGGGCCAUCAUAUUUGUAAAGUUUAUUGUUUCCGGAACGCAGAUAUGUUGCCUGGCAUUUCAUUUGGUGCGCGGUAAUAAUUCGCUAUUUAAUGUGGCCUAUUUGUGUAUGUUUCUAUCGGCGGCUGCCCUGCAAUUGAUACUGUACUGUUACAAUGGUCAGAGGCUGAAGGAUGAGAGCUUAUUGGUGACAACGAAAAUCUAUUCGACAUUCCCCUGGUCCAAGAUGCCCGUCUCAACACAACGCAUGUUGGUGAUACCAAUGAUCCGUGCCCAGCAAUUUAGUGAACUGCGUGGGGUAUUCUUUACUGUCGAUUUGAGUUUGUAUUUGUGGGUCUUUAAGACAGCUGGCUCAUUGAUUGCUGCUUUGAAAACUUUGGAGGAAGAUAAGUAAAGAAUAU